AUGACUUCGCAAGAAGUGAACAUCAGUCUUCCGACAGGAAAAACGACUAAAGUACCCGUCGGUUUGUUUAUCAACAACGAAUUCGUAGAUUCUGUGGAUAAAAAACGGUUUGAAACCAUCAAUCCUAGCAAUGGAAAAGUUAUCACCACGGUAGUCGAAGCAUCUGAAAAGGAUGUCGACAUCGCUGUUGAAGCUGCCGUUGAGGCUCUCAAAGUUUGGCGAUAUGUCAGUGCAAGUGAUCGUGGUCGAUUACUUAACAAACUGGCAGAUUUAAUAGAGCGUGAUUUGGAUGAGUUGGCAGCGUUGGAAGCGCUGGAUAAUGGAAAAACUUACAGCGAAGCCAAGAAAAGUGACCUUCCCAGUGUGAUAUCAUGUUAUAGAUAUUACGCCGGCUGGUGUGAUAAGAUUCAUGGAAAGACUAUUGAGACAGGAUACGAUAAAUUUGCUUACACCCGUCGUGAACCAAUUGGUGUUUGUGGAGCUAUCAUUCCUUGGAACUUUCCGCUAGGGAUGCAAUCUUGGAAAUUGGCUCCAGCAUUGGCGUGCGGUAAUACGAUCGUACUUAAGCCAUCCGAGUUUACGCCUUUGACCGCUUUGAAGGUCGCUGCUCUAUUUAAGGAAGCUGGAUUUCCGAAAGGUGUCGUUAACAUUGUAAAUGGAUAUGGUAAUACUGUUGGAACCGCCAUUGCUCAUCAUAUGAAGAUAGACAAGGUUGCUUUCACUGGUUCCACGACCGUAGGGAAAACCAUAUUAAAAGCAUCAGCAGACAGUAAUUUGAAAAAAGUAUCUCUUGAACUAGGUGGAAAAUCACCAAACAUUAUAUUCGCCGACUGUGAUCUUGAAGAAGCCGUGAAAUGGGCUCACAUGGGUAUAUUUUUUAAUCACGGUCAGUGUUGUUGUGCCGGUUCAAGAAUCUAUGUGGAAGAUGCGGUGUAUGACAAGUUUCUCGAGAAGUUUAAGGAGCAUACUGAAAGAAUUAAAGUCGGAGAUCCAUUCCAGAGCGACACUUGCCAAGGACCACAAAUUUCCAAACAGCAUUUUGACAGAAUUAUGUCGUAUAUCGAGUCUGGUAAGAAAGAAGGUGCCACAUGUCUAAUUGGAGGUGAAAGGCACGGUGCUGAAGGUUACUUCAUUAAGCCCACCAUAUUCACCGAUGUGAACGAAAAAAUGACCAUAAUGCAAGAAGAGAUUUUCGGUCCGGUGUCGGCGAUUGCGAAAUUUAGCUCGGAAGAAGAAGCUAUCGAGAAAGCACAUCUGACCAGAUACGGUUUGGCCGCCGCCGUUUUUACCAAAAAUAUUACUCGGGCCCUAAAACUUUCCAAUGAAUUAAAGGCCGGUACUGUUUGGGUCAAUUGUUAUAAUUUGGUUGAUGUCAGCACUCCAUUUGGAGGAUAUAAAGAAUCUGGAAUUGGUCGCGAGCUUGGAAAAUAUGCACUGAAUGAGUAUACUCAGGUCAAAACUGUUCAUGUCAACUUGGGCAUCAAAAUUUGA